AUGGGAUGUAAGGUAUCUAAGCCAUAAUAUAAAGAGCAAUUUAGCUAUGAGCUGCUAGAUUAAUUUGAUUACCAUUGUAGUAUAAGAGCCCUUGCCUUGAAUUAAGCUAAAAAUUUAUUAGUAUUGGGUUCGGAUAGCGAAAUUCAUAUUUUUCAUAUUCAAAAAGGUUUUAUGAAAUAAUUAAAAAUAAUAAAGUAAAGCCAAACUUAAACUCUAAACUUUUUUUUUUAAAAUGGCACUUUUAUUUCUGGAUCAGCUGACUCAUUAAUCAUUUGGAGUACAAAUAUAAUUUCCAAUAUAAAAUUCACUUUCAAAAUGAAGGAUCGCACUUAAGGGGUGUGUUGCGUAGCCUUACAUUCAGAGUUUGAAGAAACUAUUAUAAGUGGAUAUUAUGAUGGUUCAAUAAAAAUUUUUGGUUGCUCAACAUAAUGGUUUUGUAAAUAAAUUAUUAAUGAACACACAGAGGCUGUAAAUUCAUUAGCAAUUAAUUAAAAUGGAAAUAAAUUUAUCUCUUGUAGUAAUGAUAAUACAUUAUUAAUUAUUAAAGUUUCCAUUUAAUAAAAAUGGUGUUUAAAACAAAGAAUUUAAUUGUUGUAAUAUGGAUUUCGUUUAUCAUUUAUAACAAAUGAAAGUUUUUCAUUCUAACCUAAUUCAUAUCUUAAUGGUAGAUAUCUUUAUAUUUUUUAACUCAAUUCUUCAACUCAAUUGUUUGAAAAAGUAUUGGAAAUUCCAGUGUUAGGCAGGAAUCAAUAUUGUUCUUAAGGCUUCCCUUCAACCUAUAUUUAAUCUAAAAAUUUACUCCAUGUUAAACAUGGUUACUAUAUUAAUAUAUUUAGAAUUACCCCUUCCAAAAAAUUGAUGAAAUAAUAUGUUUUAGAAUAGUCUAUAGAAUUUGGAACUAGAUAUGUUUUUGGCACUCAAAGUAAUGAUGGAGAGUUAUUGAUAACUUGGGAUGCAGAAUCGAAUUAAAUACAAAUUAGGAAGCUUAUUUUUAAAAGAUGA